AGUGUUGUUGCUAGGUCCAACACCAUCCUCAAGCAACUCGUAUUACAAGCUAAGCGUGAAUAUGAAGCAGAAGCUAUCCAUCACAUUCAAAUUUACUUUGCCGAUUCUCAUGGAGGCUGGAGGUGGACAGAUUCCCGUCACAAACACCCCAUGAGCAGUAUUGUCUUAAAUCCUGGUUACAAAGAAAUGCUUCUGAGCGACACUAAGGAUUUUUUGAACAGCAAGAAGUGGUAUGCAGAUCGUGGUAUCCCAUUUCGUAGAGGUUACCUUUUGCAUGGUGUACCUGGCUCAGGGAAGUCUUCUCUUAUACACGCCAUCGCUGGGGAACUCAUGCUUGAUAUAUACGCCUUGUCGCUUUCUGCUGCCUGGAUCAACGAUGCAACACUCACUACCCUCAUGGGUCGCGUUCCCGCGCGUUGCAUUGUUCUCCUUGAAGACCUCGAUGCUACGUUUACUCGAAGCACUGGACGACGUUCCAAGAAGGAUAAGAAGAGGCGCAGAACUGGUACUUCCGGGAUCAACGGAGGCGCGAACACUACUGACGCUCUGAGCGAAGUGAACACUCUCAGUUUGAGUGGUUUGCUAAACGCCCUUGAUGGAGUCGCUGCGGCAGAAGGAAGAUUGCUUUUUGCAACGACGAAUCAUCUUGACCAUCUUGACCCUGCCCUUUCGCGUCCCGGACGAAUGGAUGUCUGGAUUGACUUUAAGAAUGCCAGUAAGUGGCAGGCAGAAGCUCUUUUCAGAAACUUCUUUCCAACAUCGUCUCCCUCAUUGCCUCGAGCCACUUCCUCCACCUCGCCUCAACGUCAACCUCAGUCUAAGACGCCACGGCAACACACGCAUUCCCCUGCUCCUCUUUCUCCAUCAGUCUUGUCCAAGCUGGCGCAAGAAUUUGCGCAGAAAGUUCCGGACGAAGAAUUCAGUGUGGCUGCGCUGCAAGGGUAUUUGUUGCGGAAUAAGAGUCGACCUGAGGAAGCUGUCAAGGGAGUCGAAGCGUGGGUAGAAGAAGAAAGACGCAAUAAGGAGAAG